ACCAACCACUCCUCCCUCUUGGCGGCUGCUGUCAUGGACACCUUCCUUCUCUCUGCACUGUGCCUCCUUGGGACCUGGGCUGUCCUGGCAGGGGGAGUCACCGUGCAGGAUGGAAAGUUCUCUUUUCCUCUGGAGUCAGUGAAGAAGCUCAAGGACCUCCAGGAGCUCCAGGAGCCCCGCACCAGGAAGAGUGGUGGGCCCGCGGUUCCCCAAGUCUGCAGCCACCGGAAGUUUCCAGAAGAACUCAAACCCCUCUGCAAGGAGACCAAUGCCCGGGAGAUCCUCCAUAGGCUGGAGGCCAUUGCAGAGGACCCGAGGUCGUGUGAGAUCUGUGCCUACGCAGCCUGUGCGGGGUGCUAG